AAUACGCGCAUACCUCCUAGUUAAUUUCAAACAGCUCAUCAAUAUGUAAGACCUGAAAUAAAACUCAAUGCAAGCAAGCACAUGCAUCUUACUCGUCUGCAAGUAAAGUCAUGGAAGUUCUAGAAAAUAACAGGGGAGGGAUAAAAAUCAGCUUUGAAGGACACGCAUACGUUAAGAAGAGGACCCAUUUAGACGGGAAAGUUAGAUGGCAGUGCGAGAGACAACGAUCCAAAGCAUGCAGUGGGGCAAUAACAACGAAUGGCCCCCCUCAAUAUGGGGGAGUUAUGGCGGCGACGCCCCAUAACCACGAACCUGAUCAGGAUAGAACAAGGGUCAUAGCAGCGCGGGCAGGCCUAAAGAGAACCGCGAGGGAUGUCAACAGUGGCCCGACAACCGAAAUAGUUGCUAACGCCCUCAUGGUAGCGCACCCGGAGAUUCGAGGGCAGUUGGGACAGCUGUCAGCCCUUAGGAGGGACGUCCAAAGACAGAGACGAGCUGCAUACCCGGCAGAACCCGAAUCAAAAGAAACCUUGGAGAUUCCUGACGAAUGGACACUGACCGGUGAUGUAGAAGGACAGCGUUUUCUCCUCUAUGAUUCCGGGCCGGGGCAAGACAGGCUGAUAUUGUUUGCCACUGAUUCCCAACUACGACGUCUCGCCGUUGCUAGCACGUGGUACAUGGAUGGCACCUUUUCCAGAGCACCCGCUAUUUUCACACAGGUAUACUGCAUCAGAGCAGAAGUUGACGAAGGCGCAGUAUCUUGUGUUUAUGCACUGAUGUCAGGAAAGACUCGGGCUCUUUAUAUCAGGCUCUUCAACGCUCUGAUGGAAGCCCUCAUUGAUAGAGGGCAUGAUGCACACGCACCUAGGACAAUCGUGACCGAUUUUGAAGAGGCCGCUAGGAGUGCGGUCCAGUUUUGUUUGGGAAAUGCAGUUCAGCUACACGGAUGUUUUUUUCCAUCUCACCCAACGAACUUGGAAGAGGGUAGCUGACAAUGGCCUCAGAGGGUUAUAUUUGCAAGAUGAGGGAGUCCGCACCUACCUUGGGAUGAUGGACGGUUUGGCCUUCCUACCUCCUCAAGACGUGGUGCGAGGCAUGGAAUUCCUGAGGCGCAUCAUGCCCACCCCUGCCCUUCAGCCUGUGGUAGAUUACUUCGACAGGACAUAUGUCACCGGGACGUUAAGAGCGGACGGACACUUAACACCGCCACGAUUCCC